CCUAACACACCCCUUCGCUGUUAUAAAGUGCACUGUAACCCGCUGCUUCUUGGGGCUGAUUGCUUGAUAUUUUCAUAAAUGGAUUAUGAAUCGUUUAAGGGCCAGAAGGAUACAAUGAUGAUAUUUAAUUCAAAUUUAUUUAUGUAGCGUUUUCCCAAUUUUGCAUUGUUAAGCAGUUUACAAGUGUGUAGAUUUUUCAAUCUUCUAGUAGGAGAUGGGUGAUAAAAGCAAAAAUCGACAUAAUAUAAAUUAUUCUAAAAUGUUUUGGCCUAGAAUGACGUACACGUAUAACAUUUUAAAAGCAUACAUUUUUAAACUCAAAUUUAGACUUUAAAUUCAAAUUUAUUUCUAUAGCUUUUUCCCAAUUUUGCAUUGUUGUUAAGCAGCUUACAAGUGUGUAGAUUUCAUCUUCAGACUCUAACUUUGAGAGGAGAGUAUUAAAAUCAAUCACACAAUGUGAUUUACAAAGGUUUGCGCUCGUCAUUGCACUAGUAUUUGGCUAGACGUUCUGAUUCGACCGUUUAGUCUGAGCAGCGCCACACGAAGCUGAAAAAUAUUAAUCACUUAUUAUUUUUAGUGCCGGGUUAAUGCAAAUCUUGUGUUUUUCAUGAAAAUCCAUGUACACUCUGUCUAGGGUCACCAAAAAUCUAAGACAUUGAAUAUUUCAGAACACCUCUCACGUGAGUUAACCUUUCUUAGACGAUCUCAUCAUGUGCAGCUAAUCAAUGUCAGGAUCCAACAUAGAGUUCCUUUCCAGCUGUUCAAUCAUUCAAAAACUGACACUGUCACCAACUCCUCUUCAUCUGACUGUAAGACCUUUAAUAUUGCUGUCGUAUACAUCUUUGAUGGUAGUGGCCUGGACCGAACAGCUACUGUUGGAGCUACUGUUGAAUACAAUGUACUUUUUAAUGUAUAAAAGUCAGUAUUUGUGAUGAGUUGUGAGAGUCCCUGCCUAGUGACAAGAAAAGAGAAAUCUUUUUUUCUAAUGGACAGACCUACUCGCAACGAUGAUGUGAGACACCAGAAGUGUUUCUAUUGAGAGAAAUUCCAUUAGAUGCAAUAUAGUGUCUGUGUCUUACCCAAUAACUGAGACUGGAGUACGCAAGAUAACGCUACAUUGCGGUUUUGUUUUCUGAAAACAACACUGCAAAUGACUCAUUUUUAUGUCAUUUUUACACAUGAGAGUUGAGGAAUAUUAGAUAGAACCUAAAGAAAGGGCAAAACAUCAUUUGAUGAUUCCCUAACCCCCAAUUUUACUGUCUUCCCAAAAUAAGCAGUAGAUCUCAUGUGCAUUAUUUGGUCUAGAAAUAAGGUUUCGUUAAAUAAAUCUGAAUACAGAAUUCAAUCAAACUGACAUGUUUAUACAUUUCUCAAAUCUUUUGAGCUCCAACCUUGAUGAACCACACCUCAGCAAUCUUAUCAAGGACAUGCAGUGGCCCCCAGGACAAGGUUUUGGGAACCCUGCUAUACUGUCUGUUUGGAUUUUUAAAUACACGUAUAGAUUGAUUAAUAUAGAUUAGACCGUGUGUCUGCUAUACAUUAUACUGUUUAAAAUACAACUUGAAGAGUUCACAAGGGGAACUGCAAAUGUCAACAGUUUCCUCUUUUCUUUCCAAAAUGUACAAACAUGAAACAUCACUAUUGCAUUACAAGCCUGCUAAACACACACCUACAUCAUGAAUCAAAGUUAGAUUUUACCAAGUAAUUUACCCUUAAACUUGUUGCAUUAUUCACAAAGAGUGUAAAAUUCAGAAUUUGGAAGCUAGAUUACUGUGGUCAAACAACUCAUUAUUGUCUGUCUGUAACCAUAAAGAGUGUUUUGUUUGUUGGGCUGCAGAGAGAUGCUCAUGCAUCAAAAAACACAACUUAAGUGUGUCAUCUCCAUGAAACACAUGUCAUGAUCUUCGUGUGUUUAUUUUCAUAAAUGUCUAUGAUGGGAUAUGAUCUGGUUUGAAAAUGUGGAAUUUCCAUAUAUUGAUGAGGAACCUUACUGUGAACGGGAGUAAGGGAUUCCCCUGUAACCUGCCCAUAAAACACAGAACGGCUGACAGCAGAUUAAAGCCUUUAUAUUCCUCUGCUUCAUUUCAAAAACACUUGCUCAUUUCAUCAUGACCAUCAAUAAAAAGUGUAUCUUUGACUUCUGCACAUGCAUUAUAAUGUUUUCCAUGACAUUAUUCCUAACCUCUGCACUACCUCUUAAAGACAGCUGUGUGGUGGUUGGUCCAGAGAUCCCUGAUUUUCACAUUCAAGGAGAAGCGGUAAUCAUAAAAUUUCCAUUUCUUGAAGAUGCAAUUCGUUACAGGAAACUGCAAUUGGACAACAGCUCAACAUUCCAUAUUAAUCACACCAACCAGAGAAAGCAUAGAAGUCUAAGGAGUUGUUGUGAUAGGGUGGUGCAGAAUGGGCGUGGCAUCUUGCUCCUCCCAUCUCACCCUUCUGAUUCUGGAAUUUACACCUAUGGUUUAAGUGGAGACACAUACUGCUUGAUUGGGAGUAUUUCCAUAACCAUUUAUGAAUCCGAGGAAGCCAACAUCACUGUAAUGCCCUAUACUGCACACGCAGGAGAGAAUACAAGAGUUAUUUGUCCUCAUUUGAAAUAUUUCAAUAGGGCAGAAAAUCCACUGUGGUACAAGGAUUUUCAGAGCACAGCUCUCACUGUUGGUGAAGGACAGUACACAAUUGAGAGAGGAAUAAUACUGACGAUCAGAAACAUCUCUGUGAAAGAUCAGGGCUUCUACACUUGUAGAUUAAAAGUGAUUCUUAACAAUAUCCAGUAUAACGUGAGCAGAACUUGGAGAGUGUCAGUUUUAGAAGUUUCCAGCCCUUCUCCCGUAAUCUCUGAAAAUCCCCAAGUGUUUUCAUCAUCAAGUUCUCCGUUUCCCUACAUUACCUUUCCUGUUGAUGGAACCUUCAUUAAAAGUCAUUCUGGUUCACGACUGGAGAUUCAGUGCAAAGUGUUCAUUGGGAACCAAUCAGCUGAGUUCACAGAUGUCACAUGGAUGAUUGGUGGCACAUCAGUGGAGAAUUCUUAUCUGGGUAAACGUGUCUUCCAGAAUGAAAAGAGAAUCUCAGCCAAUCAUAUUGAGGUGCAGCUGGUAAUCCUCGAGCUACGGGAGGAGGACAAUGGAGCAGAAUUAAAAUGCAUCAGUCAAAACCAGGCCAAAAGACAAGAAGUUGUCACUGAAAUUAAACUGGAAGAUUCAGAGUCUGUGUGGUUGGUGGUAGCCAUGGCCUUCUCCUGUUUUAUUGUAGUUGUGUUUAUAUUUCUGUAUCAUUUGUGUCAAAAGCCACAGAAACAACAGGUAUAUAUUCUGGCACAACAAAAAAGCACAAUUUGAUGAUUCUAUUGAUGAUGACUGUAAUCUUGAUCCGUUCUGUUGAAUUGGUCUUGUGUUUAUUGUAAGGUUUAGUUUACUUUUCUCUUAGUCACAGUAGACCUUGUGAACAAUUCCUGAUGUUUCUUUUGUUGUUGUACAGUAUAUACCCUUCUGUGUUUUGUGAGGACUUUUCAUGUAAGGAUGUAGAUUUUUGGGGGGAGAUUCCUUAAGUUUACAGUUUUGCAUUGUUGUUAUAAUGAAUAAUGUUAUGUUUGUCGAUUAAUUGUUUUUCUUAUAUUAAACAGUUGUUGAAAACCAA